CCAUGGGGCCAACUUUCCUGCUUUGUGUGGCUGUCACCCUAUUCAGAGUGGUCAGUGGAUCAUGCCCAGUGGGGCGGGAGUUCAUUACUGCCUUUAUGCCUAACUAUUUGCUGAGCUUCCAAGAUGAUCAGAGUCUUAAACUGGCCAUAACCACACAGGAUUAUCCAGCCAUUGUUCAAAUUCAGGUCAAUGCAAUCGGCUUCUCGACCUCAGUGAAAAUAGAGAAACAGAACACCAAAUGGAUCGGCAUACCUGGUACCGCUGAAAUUGGGGGUCCAGGAGCUUCCACCAAAACAGUGCAGGUCACCUCCAACUCUGACAUCUCGGUGGUGGCCUUCAACUACAAGUUCUCGACUGGAGACAGCAGUGUGGUCUUCCCGACUGACCAGCUGGGUACUGACUAUGUGGCCUUCACCCCUGUAGGGGGUCCAAGCAACAUGCACAAGCUUAUGUCUAUUAUCAACGGCAAAGAGCCCAACAAGAUCACGAUCAUCCCUGCCUCCAACAUUAAUCUCAGUGGCGUGGAUUCCUGGAAACAAAGACAGGCGGUGAUUGUUACCGUGGACCCAUACCAGGUCUACCUCUACCAAAGCUAUACCACUUUCACUGGGACCAGGGUAAAAGCUAAGCACCCUGUGGCAGUCCUGGGGGGACACGAGUGCAUUGCAGAUGGAGGCCGCUGCAAUCACGUUUACGAACAACUGCUACCGGUACAGAGCCUCUCCACCAAUUACCUGGUUCCUUCCAUGCACAUGACCGAAUCAACAGACUUUGUCAACAUUGUGGCCUCAGAGGACAACACUCUAGUGAAGAUCUUUGAGGGAAAGGUAUCCACUGCUAAAGAGCUGAAUGAGGGGCAGGUGUAUGUGAUAUCUGUCCAACCCAAAUAUCCGCUGAUCAUCAAAAGUGAUAAGAAGGUCAUGGUGAUGUACUUCAGCAACAACAAGCCCUACGAUCCGUUCCUCACCAACAUCCUCCCAACGUCUGAUCUGGCCAAAGAGUGGUCGGUGGACACGCAGAGCAAAUUCGAGAGCACAUUGGUCAUUGUCUCCGAGGGGGAAGGGAUCAAAACCGUUAAAGUCUGUGAAAAAAAUAAUUGUGUGAAAUCUCUCCAAUGGACAUCAUUCAACUCAGACCCUAAGUACAUGUGGGUAAAUGUUCCAUUGGGAGAGCAGCAACAGCAUUUCUCUAUCAAAGGCGACUCCCUCAUGACUGUUUACGUUUAUGGUGGCAUGCCAAGAGACGGCUACGCUACAACAGGAGUAUGUUCCAAAGGCACUGCACCACCCACUCCAUCACCAGACCCAUGUGAGAAAGUCAAAUGCAGAGAAAAGGAAGAAUGUACAAAGGGGGUUUGUGCCCACAUCUCCAAAGCAAUCUGCAGGGCCGUGGGCGACCCCCACUACCUCACCUUUGAUGGGGAGCGAUUUGACUUCCAGGGGACCUGCUCUUACAUCAUGGCCACGGUUGUUAAAUCUGAACCUGGCCUCAUCCCGUUCGCUGUCCUGACCAAGAACAACCACAGAGGGAACAAGAGGGUGUCUUUCGUAAGGAAAGUCUCAGUCACAGUCUAUGGGCUGACUGUGGUGAUGAGCACGCAUAGAGGGAAGCUUGAGGUGAAUGGUGAGAAUGUCUACCUGCCUGUGACCCUGGCCGGAGGAAACCUAACGGUGGUGUAUAGUGGCAGCUAUGCUGUUCUGAAGACAAAUUUUGGCCUGAAGGUUAUGUACGACUGGAACAUGAAGUUCUACAUCACUGUCCCCAGCAGCUACUUCCGCACCCUGGGUGGGCUCUGUGGGAACUACAACGGGGAUCACAAUGAUGAGUUCACUAACCCCAAAGACGGCCCAUUCGCCAGCUGCCACAAGGUCCUGGACCCAGGCAUGUUCAUGGACAACUGUGUCUAUGACGUCUGCAUCAAUAAAGGCAUCUAUCAGUUCCUCUGUGAGAACAUGAAAAGCUACAAUGAUGCCUGUUUGGCCGAGGGGGUCAAAAUUAGCCCUGAGUGGAGGACAAUCACUGGAUGCUCACUGGAAUGUCCGUCAAACAGCUACUACGAGGCGUGUGGCACAGCUUGCCCUGCCUCUUGUUCAGAUCUAGAUGCCGAAGCAAAGUGCAAGGAACCCUGUGUGGAGACUUGUCAAUGCAACAAGGGCUUUGUCCUCAGUGGAGACAAAUGCGUCUCCAAGGGGAGCUGUGGCUGCUCUUAUGAAGGACGAUACUACCCAUCUGGAAUGAAGUUCUGGGAAGAUGACAAAUGCACAAAGCAGUGUGAAUGCAAUCCAGGAACAGCCAAGGUUGAAUGCAAAGCAACAGCAUGCAAGAAGUCAGAGAUGUGUGGCCUGCAGAUUGGUAAGAGAGAUUGUUACCCAACAUCUUAUGCCACUUGCCAGGGUUCAGGCGACCCCCACUACCGCACGUUUGAUGGCAAGAGGUUCGACUUCCAGGGAACGUGUACUUACGUUCUCUCCAAAUUGGUCAGCAAAGAUGACAAGUCUCUGGUGCCUUUUGAGGUGCUUGUAAAGAAUCAGAAUAGGGGGAGGAACACGGCAGUGUCUUACACAAAGACAGUCACCGUCAUUGUCUUCAAAAACAUCAUCACCAUGAGUAGGGACAACCCUGGCAAAGUAUUGGUCAACAGCCAGUAUGUGAACUUGCCAUUUGAUGUAGAAGAUGGCCAACUGUCCAUCUUCCGCAGUGGGUAUUUCGGGGUGGUGAAGACCAAAUUUGGCCUGACACUGAAGUUCAACUGGAACAGCCACGUCUCCCUAACCCUCCCCAGCACCUACUCAAACCUCAUCGGAGGGCUCUGCGGAAACUGGAACGGCCAACGGAACGACGACCUCCUCAAACCAGACAAGAGCCCUGCCAACACCCCAACAGUAUUUGGGGAUAGCUGGAAAGUGGGGAACGACCCUGGCUGCUCCAGCGACUGCGACGGCAAGAAGUGCCCCACCUGUGACCACAGCCUGAUGCUUGAUUACCAAACAGGGAAAUAUUGCGGCAGGAUCACAGACAGAAACGGUCCGUUCAAGUACUGCCACGCCAAGGUGGACCCCACAGAGUACUAUGAGGACUGUGUGUUUGAUAUGUGUCUGUACCGUGGCCAUGCCUCUGCCCUCUGUAACGCCCUCAGCACCUACACCACUGCCUGCCAGGAUGCCCCUGCCAAGGUGGAACAGUGGAGGUCGGACAGCUUCUGUCCAUCUUCCUGCAAGGUCAACAGCCACUAUGAGGUGUGUGCCUCAGGCUGCCCCCAGACCUGCAGUGGCCUCGAUGAGCCUGAGAGCUGUUGGAACUCCCUGUGCACCGAGGGCUGUGUCUGUGACGACGGCUUCAUACAGAGCGACAGCGAGUGUGUGCCGCUGGCUGAAUGUGGCUGCAUUCACCAAGGCCAAUACUACCAGAUGGGCCAGGUGUUCUUCCCCAGCAGCCAGUGCAAAGAGCGCUGUGUGUGUAAAAAGGAUGGACACAUGGAGUGUAAUGUGAAGUUUGCCUGCGGUCCCAAUGAGAAGUGCCAGGUCCAAGACGGGGUGCAGGCUUGUAUACCCAUGAGCACGGGCACCUGCCAUGUGAGCGGGGCCAGGAGAUUCCACUGCUCG